AGGUAUGUUCCGUGGAGCUAAAGCAGAAUGUGUUGAUGUGCUUGACCACAAAUCACCGAGUGACGUAAAUUCCCAGCAGGAAGCCGUGCUAGUCCUUUUAGGUCGAGACGUGCUAACUGGCACGUUCACCCAAAUGGCUGUCACCCAGGUGUCCUACAACAAGUGUGCAGGAGGCUUCCAGAAGGUCUUUGAACAUGACAGCGCCGAGCUCAAGUGCAAGAUGAAGUUUGCUGUCUUCCUGCCCCCCAAAGCUGACACGCACAAAUGUCCUGUCAUGUACUGGCUCUCAGGCUUGACCUGCACCGAGCAGAACUUCAUCACCAAGGCAGGAAGUCAGCUGGCGGCGGCGGAGAACGGCAUCAUCAUCGUUGCUCCAGACACCAGCCCACGCGGCUGCAACAUUGAAGGCGAGGACGAGAGCUGGGAUUUCGGCACCGGAGCCGGUUUCUACGUGGAUGCCACCCAGGAACCCUGGAAGAGCAACUACCGCAUGUACUCCUACGUCACCCAGGAGCUGCCCAAGCUGAUCAAUGCAAACUUCCCAACCGACCCGGACAGGAUGUCCAUCAGCGGUCACUCCAUGGGCGGCCACGGGGCACUCAUCUGUGCCCUGAAGAACCCUGGGAAAUACAAGGCGGUGUCGGCCUUUGCCCCCAUCUGCAACCCCAUGCAGUGCCCCUGGGGGCAGAAAGCCUUUGCCAGGUACCUAGGUCCUGACCGCGCCACAUGGGAGGCAUAUGACGCCACCGUCCUGGCAGCGGCGUACUCGGGCCCUCAGCUGGACAUCCUUAUUGAUCAGGGCCGCGACGACCAGUUCGGAUCAGCGGGCCAACUGCUGCCCGAUAACCUGAUUGCCGCCUGCUCCGAGAAGAAGAUCCCCGUCGUCUUCAGGCUGCAGAAGGGCUACGACCACAGCUACUUCUUCAUCUACUCCUUCAUCAGCGACCACAUCAAGCAUCACGCCAAGUUCCUCAAUGCUUGAGCCGCCAGCUGGCACCGCCCACUCUCAUUCAGCUGCCCAUUUAGGGCGGAGCAUGUGUAAACGACACCGCUGCACACAAUCCUGUGACCUUGAUUUUUUCUUUUUCCAGAAUAAAAGUUGAUGCUUCGCCGGUUAAUUUUUGUGUGGACAAAAGUGACAAGAAGCAGACGUGCUAAAGCAUUCUUUUACUUGCAUUUCUUUUGGACAAGCGCCACAGCAGUUAAGGCGACCUUAAAGGGUCUUUUCAUGCUUCAACACACAACAUCCUUCAUUCAAAUACAUUUGCUCCCAAGUACAAAAAAAACAAAACACUUGUGGCCAUCAUAUUUACACAAAUCCAAAUAAAUCCACCAUGUACACCACA